AUGGCUACCAUCUACUCUCAUCUUUCCAAGGCAGAGCAGAACCUCAUCGAGGUGGCAACCAAGACUAUAGAGGCCAUCCCAGUAUCCGAAGAUUACAGCGUCGGUAGUGCUGCGCUCGCAGAAGACGGCCGUAUAUUCACCGGCAUCAAUGUCUAUCACUUUACCGGCGGGCCUUGCGCUGAGCUCGUUGUCCUGGGAGUCGCUGCUAUGGCCGGGCCGCCCAAACUCACACACAUCGUCGCCGUAGGAAACCAAGGGCGAAUGAUUCUCAGUCCAUGUGGCCGCUGCAGACAGGUCUUGGGCGACUUGCAUCCAGAUAUCAAGGCGAUAGUACGGGUUGCUGAUGGGUCAGUCAGGGUCGAGAAGGUGCAGGAUUUGCUGCCGGCGAGAUAUGUCAUACCGGACACCACCGUUGAGAGCAUUUAG